AUGGGAAAACCGCGAAGAUCAAGCAAUCCUGAGCACUGCUCAGUGGACGCCAGCUUAAGAGCAAUGCUGGACGCGUCGGCAAAACCGAUCAACAUCUACUAUCAACAACCAGAAAGUGGCUAUGAUUCAGCUAUUCAAUCAGCUGAUUCAUCUCGAAGGAAUUCUCUAGGAUUUCGAGAAUUCGUGAAGAAGAGAAGAUUCUCCAUUGUUGGCAGGACAACCAUUUCCCAGCAGCGUCCCCUCUUCCCUGGAAAGGCUCAGUUAGUGUCUAGAGGAGCGAACAAUGGAGAAUCGUUGAGGAAAGGAUCCGAUUCACAGAGUGGCGAUUCACCGGAUGAUGGAGAAGAAGAAAUCUCACCCCGACCACUUUUCCAAAGAAGAAUGAGCGUUCCAGAGAAAGUCUUCUUUUCAGCUGAUUACGCCAUUUUGCGACCCACCCAAGAACCAGAUGUUCGCUUUGAGAUUGUUGCUGCUUUUGAUCGCUUCACUGACCCAUACCGUCACUAUAUGCAGAGUUUAACUUGCUACGAUUUGGCACCGAUACACUCAGCUGUUUCAGUAAUGGAUGGGGAUUUAUUGAUUCACAAAGGUCUCACCAAUUUGCUCUCUUCCGGACACCAAGCAGCUAUCAUUUACAAUGUUGACAUAAAAGGAGGCUUUUCAAUGUUAACUUUCACUGACUGUCUUCGAGCGAUCGUCUUGGCUCAUCAAGGCAUUCAGCCGGUUGCCGAGCAAACAGUCUCUCAAUUCAUCCAAAAUAACAACGGAAAGCAGCUGAUAACCGCCAACGUCGGCACAAGCAUCUGGGAUGCGGCAAAGAUGAUCUGCCUCAACAGCGUUCACCGAAUACCGAUUAUGCAGCAAGAGGAACCUGGUGAGCCAAAGAUCGGUGACGUCCUCUACAUGCUCACAUUAAGGACUGUUUUCAAUGAAACAAUCCUGAAAUUGUCGGAUCCAAAAUUCUCAAACAUCAAACAGCGCACAUUGAGCGAGUCGAAGAUCGGCACAUGGACCAAUUUGCACACCGUGACUGAGGAGUCGCUCAUCGCUGAAGCUGUUGAGAUCUUCCUCGAGAAGCGAAUCUCCUGUGUACCAGUGCUUGGAAAGGAUCAAAAAGUGAUCGGUGUCUUGAGCAAAUCCGACCUAAUGAACGAGCUCCAGACCCAUCCCGACAACUACUUGGACAUUCUGAAGAUGCCUGUCAUGCAAAUCAUUGGCCCAAGAAAGUCGCCUUUCAUCACGCCAACCUCAAUGCUGUUAGAGGUAAUCGCUUACUUGGUGAGUGGUGAACGGCAAUCACUUUGCGUUGUCAAUGUCGACGGUCAUCUUCUCGGUGUUGUCUCUUAUGCUGACCUGAUGGACUACAUUCAAAAUUCGUCAGAGAUUCAUCACAAAAUGAGUUGCACA